UGAUAUCUUCGUUCGAAUUUUAAUACAAAUGUAAAAAGUGGUUAAGUUUGACAGUGAGCAACAUUCGGAAAGGUCUUUGUUGUAUAUGUAUUUGUUGUCUCUAACUUGUAAGAACAGACAAAACGUAUAACUGUCUCCAUGGAGGACGAAGAGAAUGCAUCAAUGAGUGAAGAUCUAAUUAAGGUAAUGUUCAAUAAUGAAGACACAGACAACCAAAUGAGGGAGAAUGAUAAAAAGCCAACAUGUUCAGAUGCUGUUCACCUGGUGAUAGAACUAAGGAAUUUGGCUAGAGGGAGUGAUGCAGCGAAAGUGGAUACAACCCAAGAACUACAUCUUACAUUACAUCAGGUGGCUAGAAAUGGUGAUAUUAAAGUUAUGCAGAUUCUUCUUGGAAAUAUUCCUGAAGAUUUGGUGCUUAAAAAAGUCAAUGAAGUUGAUGAAGAUUUAUUGACUCCACUUCAUUAUGCUGCUCGAUAUAAUAACAUUGAUGUUGUAAAAUUACUAGUUGAGAGAGGAGCAGAUGUUAAUUUUCAAGGAGAAGAUGGACUUGUUCCUCUCCACUUUGCAGCUAGAUAUAAAAAACCAGCUAAAAGAGAAUUAGCAAACACCCCUCAUAAUGAUGAAGAUGCAAAAGAUGAUGCUUUCACUUCAGUGAUUAAAAUUCUUGAAUCUUCAGGGGCAAAUGUGAACUCCAAGGACAAAUAUGGGAUGACAGCUCUACAUUAUGCAGCAAUGCGAGGAAAUGAACUAGCAGCAAGAGAGCUUUUGGACUGUUCAGAGAUAAACACAGAGGUUUAUGACAAACAAGAAAUGACUCCUCUUCAUUUUGCUGCUAUCUAUGGAAACACAGAAAUAGCUACCGUGUUGCUUGAUGCUGGUGCUGCAAUGGAAGUGUUUGAUGAAGAUUUGUCAACACCACUGCACAAGGCUGCAAUGGAAGGGCAUUUAGAGAUUGUAAAGCUUUUUCUGUCAACAGGCGAAUCCAAAGGAUCACUUGAGGAGAUGAUAUCACACCGUGAUGAAGAAAAAAACAUGCCACUUCAUUUGGCUGUGGAAAGAGGACACUCAGAAAUAGUUAAACUUCUGUUAGACAAAGGAGCUAAAGUUAAUGUACCUCGAGUGAAGUUUGUUUAUCCACUCCACUUGGCUGCUAUCUCAGGAAACUUAGAAAUUGUUAAAAUGUUAGUACAACAUAAUGCAAGAAUAAACUGUCUGAACAUCAACCAGUCAACACCACUACAUCAGGCAGCAGCUUUUAAUCAAGUAGCAAUUAUUGAAUAUCUCUUGGAAAACAAAACUAUCAUGGAAUGCAGAGACAAGGAACAUUUAACUCCACUGCUAAUUGCUGCAUCAAAAGGUCAUGAAGAUGCUGUUACAGUACUUCUUGACCAUAAUGCUGACAUAGGUGUUGUAGACAAAAGUGACAGAACAGCUGUAUACUGGGCAGCAAAGGAAAAUAAUCUUGCAGCAUUAAAGAUUCUUUUGAAACACCCACUAGGAAGACGACUAGUUGAUAGAAGUGAUCGUUACGAUAACAGUCCUCUGCAUGUUGCUGCUCAGAAUGGUUACUUGGCUAUAUUUAAGUUACUAGUGGAGUUUGGGAGCGAUAUUAGUAAUAAAAAUGAAGAUGAAGAAACCCCUCUUCAUGUUGCUGCUAAAGAUGGUCGAACAAAUAUUGUGCGAGCAAUCGUUGCAGAAGACAAGACCUUGGUGAAUGAUGAGGAUGAAAGUUCUAACACUCCCCUCCACAUAUCAGCUAUAGCUGGACAUGACAAAGUAAUCAAGCUGCUCCUUAGUGCUGGAGCCAAUGUAGAAGCUAGAAAUUGCUACAUGUGGACACCUUUAGAUUGUGCUGCUAGUUCUGGUUGGGUGAAGACUACAAAGAUUCUUCUAAAAGCUGGUUGUCCUGUUGACCCAAUGGAUAAAACCAAAACCACUCCACUUCAUUUGGCAGCUGAAAAAGGACAUGCAGAAGUAGUGAAGUUACUUUUAUCAUGGGGUGCAAAUAUUGCUCAGAAAGAUAACAAUGGUAACAACUGUUUGGAUUUGGCCAUUGAUCACAGGCAUUCAAAUGUUGCACAAACAAUUCUUGAAGGGGAUGAUUGGGAGAAAGCUUUAAGAAAUGAAACAGAUGCAAAUAAGUUUGGAAUUCGGCAGACCCCUCUGAGGAAGCUGAUUGUUCACAUGCCAAGUUUAGCUGAAUUUGUUUUUAACAAGUGUGUAGAGACAAAUGGGCUUUCUCCUGAACAUCCUGAGUUAUCAAAGACCUUCAACUACCAGUAUCUUGAUGACAUGUUUGAAGUAUAUAAAAAUGGUCCUGAUUUUUGUGCCUAUGAUGAUGAUGGCAGUGUUAAAGAAGAUGCCCAGGUUUAUACUACUGACACUAAAAUUUUGCAAAAUAAUCAUCCCUUAAUGAUAAUGGUUCAAUCAAAACGACAGACUCUACUAGGACAUCCUCUGUGUACAAGUUUGGUUAAUUAUAAGUGGAAAAGAUAUGGAAGAUAUGUCUACUAUGGCGAUCUUUUCAUCUUCUUAAUCUUCUUAACAUUCUUGACAGGCUAUGUCCUUACAACGCCUCCACCUUGUCCAGAAAAGAUACUGUAUGAAAGCGCUCACUGUUGCUUUAGAAACAAUACUUGCCCUCCUUCCAUGGGUCCAUGUGACGACAACUCUAGCAAUUUCACACAGACUUGGUUUGCUCAGAUAGGAAAAUUUGUCAUUUAUGUCAUGGCUAUCAUCAAUCUGUUUAAAGAAGUUUUCCAAAUGUAUGAGAAAAGACUUGCAUAUUUCACAGUUGAGAACUUGAUUGAAUGGUGCUGCUAUAUAUCAGCAUUGCUUUUUGUUUUGGACUUUACAAGUUGUUCACAAACCACUGGAAUUAGACUGGUGUGGCAGUGGCAAUUGGGAGCUCUCUCUGUUUUCCUGGCGUGGAUAGUACUAGUCAUGUUCAUUCGCAAAUUUCCUGUUCUUGGGAUAUAUGUAAACAUGUUCACUGACAUUCUACGCACAUUCUCAAAAUUUUUUAUUGUCUUUUUCUUAUUCAUUGUUGCUUUUGCUUUUGGAUUUUAUACUCUUUUGCAGAAUCAGGAUCCCUUUGAAAACAUUGGAGAAUCUAUACUGAAAACUAGUGUUAUGAUGAUUGGAGAGAUAGAGUUUGACAGUAUCUUCAAUGAUAGUGAGAACCCAAUUCAUUUUAAACCACCAACCUACAUCUUGUUUGUCAUCUUCCUCAUCUUAAUGUCCAUUAUCAUCAUGAACCUAUUAGUUGGUCUUGCAGUAGAUGAUAUAAAGAGUGUACAAGAACAUGCAGCUCUUACACGUCUUGCAAUGCAGGUGGACUUGGUACUGAAUGUAGAAAGCAUACUUCCUAUAAUUUUUCGUCGACAUUGUAUCCAACAAAAACAGACUUGCUACCCAAAUGCAUGGAAGACACAAAACAGAUUUGUCAGAAUGUUAAUGUUCUACAAGGAAAUGAAUUUAUACUUAGAACCACCAAAGACUGCUGUAAUGAAAAUAGAGGAGCAACAGGAACUGAUAUCCAAAAAACUGUCCUAUAUGCAAGAAGAGCUCCAACAACUGAGGAAGCAGAACAACCGUCUUCAACAUCUUUUGAUGACAGUUGCUGAAAAUUCAGGAAUUGAAUGGCACGAUGAAGACCAGUUUAACAUCUGAAUUGUUAAAAGAGAAAGUUUACAGCUUUUAGUGACUGAUUAUUCAUACUUGCAUUGUAUUUAGUUGUUAAUAUAAAAGAAAAUAUUGAAUUAUUAUUCUGUUCAUAAACAAAAUAAUUUUUAUGUUCCAGUUUUUUGUUUUGUAUAAGAAACUUAUCCUAAGUAGUUUUUGAAAGGGCAUAUUUUUUAAAGCUCUGUUUUACCAAACUUGUGACUUGUGUAAUAUAUUAAAUAACUUCUAACAAACUUUAAAUAAUGUAUGUUUUAUUCAUUACUGUACAUAUAACUUUACUAAUACCUUGAUUUUGAUCAAGAAAAAACCUAUUUUUCAUUUCUGUUUACCCAAUAUAUCUACAUCAAAAUUUUUUAAUGAAUGGCCAGUUGUUUUUAAGUUGACAUUCAACUUUUAUGAAAAAAUAUCAUGUAUAUUACAGUGAAUACAUAAUGUAUUGAUUGUUUUUAUUCAUUUAAAAAAAAUACCAGAAAAGUUUCAUAAUCAUUUACUUCAUUUAUCUACAUGAACAAAGUAUUUAUAAUAUUGAUAUGAAUGAUUGUAUUAAACAACUGAUAACUAAGAAAAGUUGUUUUUUAAAUGAUGUAGUUUAAUAUAAGAAGUAAAUUAUGAGCAUUUCAUCCAAAGACAUUGUUAGUAAUACAAUAGAACAUUGAGAACUACUUACAAUUUUAGGUAUCAAUUUGUUCCUAGGAACACGGUUGUUUGCUCAUACCUGUUUGUGUAAAUACAAGGAA